AUGCCUCCAGAUGUCUACUUGAAUCUGGGCCACUCAAACACGCAUUUCCCAGGCCUUCUGCCCUUUCUCAAACACGCCCGCCGCCAUUUUCUGCCCACAACAAGAAAUGGGCACACUCCGGUGUAUGUGUUGGGCAACCAGUCCGCAGACCUGGAUUCUAUGAUCUCUGCUAUUGUCUACUCGUACUUCUUCUCGCGAACUGAUAAAGAUAGACGAGGCUACGUACCCCUGGUGAAUUUGCCGGAUGUGCCCAGUGGGCCGGAGCUGAGGAGGUUAAGGCCAGAGUUUGCUUGUGCCUUGGAGCAUUCCCUUUCAUCUCCACAAUCUGCAUCUGCACCGGUGCCUGAAGGGAAGAAUGCCGAUAGAGAUGGCAUUGUGAAAUUGCUCAAAGAGCACAUAGUGACUGUGGCCGAUCUGCGCGAUGCACUUUUAUCAGCUGCGGAUGACGAGGGCAACAAGGGUGACGGUCAGAACUCGAAACUGGAACUGGACUGCGUCUUAGUGGAUUGGAACAGUCUCCCGCAUAAGGCAUCGGGUAGAGGGAAAGGCUCAAUAGAUGGUCUUUCUGAUCUUGCUACGUUCUCUGUCACCGGAUGCAUUGAUCAUCAUGUCGACGAAGGCUUUGUGCCUCCAUUGGGAAAUCUGCCAGAGGGGAAUCCGCGGAUUAUCGAACUUGGUCCCGGCUCAUGCACCAGUUCAGUCAUUUGCGAGAUCCAAAAGCGCGGUUUAUGGCCCUCAUUGCUCGCUCUGGAAGCUGAGAGACGCGAUGACGAAGAUGAUCAUGGGGAUAUACAAGUUGCCAAACUUGCUCUCGCAGCAAUCCUGAUUGACACUACCAACCUCACAGCGGAAGGGAAAGUAACUGAUGUCGAUCGGGAAGCGGUUUCAUUCCUCACGGAAAGAAUUUCAUUGUCCUCCACCCCCGGUGCAGGAAAGAAAUGGAAUCGCGAUUCAUUCUUUGAACAUAUUAGUUAUGCGAAAGCCCAUAGUCUGGACUGGCUAACUGUUGAAGAGAUCCUUGGUCGAGACUAUAAAGACUGGGUUGAGUCUACUCCUUCAGGCGAGGAAAGAGCCAUUGGAAUCGCUAGUGUUGUACGUCCACUGGAAUGGAUCGUCAGUAAGGCGAAUGAAGAGGACGACAACAAAUCAAAGGACCAGAACCUGCAGCCGUUCUUGAACAAGCUGAAGAAAUUCGCGACUGGGAAGCAUCUAGAUGUGGCAUCUGUGAUGACGGCAUUCACCUCAGAAGAUGCUAAUGGCGACGACGCAGGACGUUUUGCAAGAGAACUGCUUGUUUGGGGACUCAAUGGUGACUCCGAUGCAUAUACCCAGAAGUUCAUGUGCGCUGCAAAGGAGCAAUUGGAUUUGCAGAAAUGGAAUGGCUUCCCUGCUGAGGGCAGCCAAGAAUAUACGGGAGAUUUGUUUGUUUGGAAACAGGGAAAUUUAGCUAAGAGUAGGAAGCAAGUCGCGCCAUUGCUGAGGGAAUCGGUUAAAAGCUGA